CUCUCGGCAUCAUGGCGUCCGAACAAACCGAGAAAAGUUACCAGAAGCAGCCUAUUUUCCAAAAUGCUAAGACGCUUGGUCCAAAAGUCACUAAGCUUAAGCGGUGGUACAAAAAUGUCGGUCUUGGCUUCAAGGUUCCACCCGAGGCAAUCAACGGGACCUACAUUGACAAGAAGUGCCCAUUCACUGGCAAUGUCUCCAUUCGUGGGCGCAUCCUAACUGGGCGGGUCGUGUCAACAAAGAUGCAGCGUACCAUUGUCAUCCGUCGGGAAUAUAUGCACUACAUCCCGAAGUAUAAGCGCUAUGAAAAGCGCCACACUAAUAUUUCUGUCCACUGUUCGCCUUGUUUCCGUGUGGAAGUCGGUGACCUUGUUACUGUUGGACAAUGUCGACCUUUAUCCAAGACUGUUCGAUUCAACGUCCUUGAGGUGAACAGGAGGAAGUCGGACAUGAAAGCCUUCUCGAGGUUCUGAGAGAGUGUGUUGCACGAAAGGGGUGAUUGAUUGUUGUCCCAUGACCUCAGUUGGUUGAUCCAUGCAAUCCAAUUUUCUAUAUUUUUCCGACUGUCACAGCCAU